AUGACCCCAUCUCACAAUUCGAGCCUCACGGAUCCCGUAGCUGCGCCGCAGCAGGUGGCUCAGCGGCGGCCGCAAAAGUCAAACGCAGAUACUAUCACAGCCGAGUCCCCAGCACCUCUCGCCAAUCAGCUCGACAAGCCGCCUAGCACAACUGCUGCGAGUGUCCAUGACGGUCUCGAGACGAUGCAGAUGCUGGAGGCUGGAGAUGACGAAGAGAUUGACGUCGAAGGAGGCUGGCAGGGCUGGCGCGUGGUGAUGUGUGCGUCUGUCUACUUCUUCUUCACGCUGGGACUCGUCUACUCGUUCGGUAUCAUCCAGGAGACGCUUGUCUCAGCGGGCGCUUGUGACGCAGCGACGCUCGGCUGGAUCUCGUCGCUGACCAUCAUCCCGAUGCCCGUGUUCUCCAUCCCGUUCACCAAGGCCGUCUCGCAUCUUGGAAACCGCGUCGUUGGCGCCGCCGGGGCUGUCUCGGUCUCGGUGGGCUACGCAUGUCUAUCCUUCUCCUGGUCACCCACUGCGCAUCCGAAGCACGCACCCGGAGUUGGCGUAGAACAGGCGUUGGAGCUCAACAUGGCUCGAAUGGUCGUCUUCGCGCUGAUGGUCGGAAUCGGGUAUGGCAUGGUCUUCUUCUCCACCAGCCAAAUUGCCGUGGGCUACUUCAAGAGCAAACGCGGACUGGUGAUCGGCAUCGUGUACAGCGCGAGUGGGUUCGGCGGCGCAUGCUGUGCGAUGCUGUUGCGCGUCAUGGCGAACCGCGUGGGCCUUGCGUGGGCGGUGCGUAUCCUCGGUCUUGGCGCAGGAGCAGCCAUGCUACCUCUCACAUGGUGGCUGGUACCCCACCACGCCGAACGCAGCAAGAGGUGCGUCGAGGCUUUCCGCCCCUCGCUCUUUCUCGAUUCGCGCUUCAACCUCUUGCUCAUCGCCACAGCGCUCGGGACUUUCCCGCUUUUCGUACCGCCAUUCCUACUGCCGACUUAUGCAACGUCGGCCGGACUCAGCCCCAAUACGGGAGCGUGGCUCGUAGCGGGCUACAGUCUCGCAUCGGCUGUUGGGCGUGUGGCGUUUGGUAUGGUGGCAGACACGAGAGUCGGGCCCGUCACAAGCCUGAUGCUCGCUCUGGUGCUGGCAAGCACCAGCAUCCUUGCCGUGUGGACUGUAUCCAGCAAUCUCGCCACGCUUGCACUCGCCAUGGUUCUUAACGGAGGAAGCUCUGGCGCGCUUCUCUCGCUGCAGCCUCCGGUCAAUGCGGCCAUCUUUGGCGUGCACCAGACCGCACUCACGAUGUCGAUGAUGAUGUGCUCGCGUGCUUUUGGCUCGCUCUUGGGUGGACCUUUGGCAGGCUACCUCCUGGAUGCAUUUGGUGGGCCGCGAGCGGGCACCAACGCCUACCGGCCCGCCCUACUCGUGAUGGGAGCUGGUUCUCCACAUCGAUCGAGCAGCCAACGGCACAUCCUUGAUAACAUCAGCUUUCUGCUCACGACCAACACCGACGGCAAAGGCAUCUUCAACAUGGCGAGGCACGGAUCACGCAGAGGAGGCAGCGGCAUGGAAUUCUGCUGCUGCUAUCUUCCCCUUGUCAAUGUCGGAGCGUACCUGCUGGUUCUCGAGACCGCGCUCGUAGCGCUGGCGGUCGGCAUCUGUGCACUGGCACCGCCCUCCAUCGUAGCUGGCCAGGGUGUGAUCCCUUCGUGGUCGAAAGGCCUGGUCGCCGCACUUGGCUUCAUUACUCUCGUCUGGCAAAUCCUGGGACUGGUUUCGGUAGCUCGGCAGAUGCCCACGCUCUACCGCACCUACAUCCGCAUCAACACUGUCCUCACGCUUGCCAUCAUCGCUGCCACUGUGGCCUUCCUCGUAACUGCAGCCGUGCAGCACAACAAAGCCGUCAGCACCUGCGUCACCACGUACGGAGUGAUGCCGUCGAGCUCGGCGUCGAGCUCGUCGACACUGCAGGUUUCGGGACUCGCCGAGACCGACGCCUUCUCGCAGGCGGGCAGGGACAUCUGCAACAUCUUUGUCUGGGCACAGACGGGUGUCAUGGCAGGCCUGAUUGUGCUCAUGGGUCUGACGCAGCUCUACAUGCUUGCUGCCCAGAAGGCGUACGGCAACAACCAGCGUGCCGCUUUCCGCGACAGCAAGGCCAACUACCAGGACAUCCCAAUGAACCCCAGAGAUUCGGCCGUGUGGGAGCCGCAUCCUGCUGAUCCUUAUGCUGGUCAGGGCGGAUACAGGCGCGACUAUGAUCACGAUGCCUACGACUCGUACGCCACCACCCCGGGCGGAAAGCAUGCGCACACGCCGUACUAG